AUGGGAGUGGAGCUACCGCAUCUUGGACAUACGGGAGCGCUGAUUGGAGGCAGCGCCAUGGACGCACGGGAGUACGUCGCAGCCAUGGAGAAGAGCAGCAGGAGAUGGACGACGAGGCGUGCCCACGCAGUCGGCGCUGAUGACGAGGCGGAGCUCCGGAAGCGCACAGCCGGCGUUGGAGACGAGAUAGAGGCGCGCAGGCCCUUGGGCUCCCAUAUCCCGGGUGAGCAGGGCUUGCGUCUCCAUCCCGGACGAGAGGAGGUAGGGGAGGUGGGUCGUUGCCGUCGCUUGGGCACGAGGAGAGCGGCGCAGUGCGAGGAGGUAGGCCCCGACGGCGGGGCUCCUCCACGAGGAGCGCAACCGGCGGCAGGAAUCGCGCUCGACCAGGCGGCAGUUGCGGCAGGAGCCGCGCCGGCCGGCAGGGGCGGAGGGCUGCGCGUCCGGCUGGAGGCAGCUGGCUGCUAUGGCGCGGCGGGAAGUCGACUGGAGAUGGCGACGUGGUGGCCGGAUUUUGGUGGCGGCGCCCGUGAUUGGGUGCGGGUGUGUGCUGCGGUUCUUGACAGACGAGGGGGCCAUCCCAACACCCUAGGAGGAGGGGACGAGGGAGCAGGUCAUCUGCGAGCUCAAGAUGGUAUUGGGACAUGGAGAUUCCGGCUUGGAAAAAUCAGAUAUUGCGGGCAUAUUGUGACGGAUUGGGCCAAGGCGGUGGCAUGUGAGGAGAGGGUUCCCCCGAGGCGAGGGACGGCUGCGGUCCUGACCUGUCGUUCUUACACGUUAGGGGGUUUGGACAUCAAUGCUGUAUUUCUCAAUUUUGUGGCUUUCGUACCAUUCUCAUUGGGAAUGAUUGUCCUGUGUGAUCUAUCAUGGUUAUUCUCUUCAGCAUCCAGUCCUAUGCUAGCAAGAGUAAUGACACAAGUGGAUAUGCCAAGCAAAUAUGUCCUGCUUGGAUCAUAUAUGCUUCUGUAA